CAGAGAAUGCCCUGCCACAGGCAGCCCUACCACACCAUCCUCCCCAGCAGAUGUAGUUUUAGGUCAUGCCCCAGGACCAUGAACCUCCUCCAUCUCCACAGUUCCUACCCUGAACCUCUAAGCUGUUCUGACAGCAGCAGUUCCAGCCAGGCAACAUUCUCCCUCUGGCUCCUUGAAGCAAUUAUCUGCUCCAGUGCUCAGGGCCUGCUCUUAUUCUCCAGUAGCUAGGCCUUCCUUCCAAUCAGGCAGCCUCCUGCUGGUCAUGUGACUCCUGAUUGGCAGUGCAGACACCUGUAGGCUGCUCUGCUUCCUGCUCAGGCUCCUUAAAGUAGCAGGCACAACCUGUGCUCUGCCACAGAUGCUUGUUCCAGAACAUCUAAGGAAUUGGGCAUCCUCCAUUCUCUAUUAAUGUGUCUUUUGGUAGUAGGGAGCAUAGUCAUUCCCCAGUUUAACUGUAGAUGACUUGUGCCUCCCAUUGGAAAACUAUUCCAUAUGGUUUAAGAGCUCACAGUUAAGAUAUUUUUUCUGAUAAAUUAGAUUUCCUCCAUUUUAUUUUAAUUGCCUUUGUGCUUCAGGUCCUUCCUUGUUGACAUUUAUACUAUUCAAAGGCUCUCUACAUGAAACACUGACUAUUUGGUCGUUUAGCGCUAGUAUAAACAAGUACUAAAUGACUGCAUAGUAACUUGAGUUACUGUGCAGUAGUGCCAACAAACAGAUGCUGACUGCAGCAACCCAAGACUGCUGUGCACUAGCAUUGUAUCAUGCUUUCUGCCACAAUGAUCUCGGGCGACUGCGCAGUCAGCAUCUCAUGUAAACAAGGCCGAAGAGUAGUAGAUCUUCGAAAAGGAGCAGAAUGGUCCUUUAAGUCAUCCCUUAAAUCAAUCCGUCCAGCUCUUUAGCCCUUUUGUUUUUGGUUUGACAACCAUUUGAUGACACUUCUCUCCGGAGUCUGAAUUCUCCUUCUGUAGUUCCAUCCCUUUGCUAGGAAUCCCUCUGUAAUGAGCUCCAGGGAUAGUUGCAGACAGGACCAAUGGAGUCAUACUGUCCAGACUCAAGAUACACUGGGACCUUAGUGUGACAUGGGGCUCUUCCAAGGGGUAGCUUGGACUUUUGAUUUGUACGUUUAUAAUUGCAAUUGGGCAGUUCAUCUAAACAGUUCAGGAGAAAAACUACAAGGGGAUUCUCAGGGAGUUUUCCUUUAUCCCCUGCUUGCAUAUGAAAAGGUGAUAAGGCCAUAAGUGUUUGUACAGGCCCAGAAUGAAGGGACUGUAAUCCUUGUUUGAGAUCUUUUAAUAGUGUUUAGCCUUCUGGCCCCAUGAGCCAGGUGCAGGGCUGGUUUGUGGACGAGAUCCUGUACACAGGAUCUGUCAGUGUGGUGCGCUGGCUCCACCAUACGCUGGCCUGAUCUAGUGCUCAGGGUCAUGUCAUCCAACUUGCAGGGCUCCCUACAGGUCCAGAAAUUUGACUGUUGGGGAACAAUGAUUAAUGCUACCACUGCUACCCCACCACCAAAUUUCCAGACCUGUGGAGAGACCCACUGGGCCAGAGGAUGAGUACCACUGUCUUAGCCCUACUCUAAAGUGAAUGUGCCCUUUGUAUUACGUCUCUUUCAUCACAGGUCUUUGCAUUGCAUGUCAAUUCAGUGUUUUUGUGUAUAACGCAGUAUUGAUUCUCUUUUAAAUGAUUAAUAAAGCUGAACCUGCCACAAAUCACUCGUGCUCCCAAUGGUACAUGUACCACUGGCUAAAGAACUCCUUUACUCAAAUGUAGGAUAUCUUUUUUCUUGGUUUUUAGGGUAGAUUGACCCACUGUGCACCUCUGGACAAAUUUGGUUUCAAGUGCUGGAUCUGUUUGACAUCCAGUAUAUGUGACUGAACCAUUACAGUGAGCAUGAAGACUAAGCCUGUGAUUGCAUCACUGAAUGACAAUACCUCAAUAGCAUGCCAAAUCCAUGGGUAUGAUACACCAGUACUGGAUAUCUCUGCAAUGGGAGUCACUUGGUCUCGGAAGACUUCUAACACAGACAAAGAAGAGACGCUGUUGCAGUUUCUUGCUGGAAAGUCUACUUCUUAUAGAUUAGGAACCAGUAUAUCUAUGGGUGAGCUUAUAAGGGGAAAUGCUUCACUUUUUCUACCAAAAGUACAAUUUAAGGAAGCAGGAACAUACAAAUGCAAAGUAACUGUUACACCUUCUGCAGCUGAAGACACAGGUGUUUUGGAGGUAGUUGCUCAGCCAGCUGUCAACCUGUUCCCAGAAGAAGUCACAACUGAAAGUGACAAAGAGAAGACCCUGUCAUGUGAAGUAAAAAAUUUCUAUCCAAGUUCACUUAACAUUAGGUGGGUUAAGGUUUCAAAGAAUCAUCAGGAUGGUGGUGUAACAGGAGAAGAUAUCUGCACAGGAACUUCUGUGGAAAACGAAGAUGGCACGUUUAAUGUCAUCAGCAAAUUAAGGCUGCAGCCAUCUUUGCAAGAUAGUGGAAAUGUCUAUAGGUGUAUAGUGAGUCACAAAUCAUUGCAAAACAAUUUACUUCUCAAUGCCACCUUGACUGUGACAGCCCCCAAGUCAGAUCUGGGCACUUUAGCUGGAACCUGUGUUGGAACCAUACUAGUUUGCAUCUUCAUUAUUGCAGUGGUACUUUUCAUAUACAAAAAGUAUUUUAAAAAAAUUCCACCAAACGUAAUAGCGUUCACAGGGAAUGUGGAAAUGAAACAUUUGGAAAAUUCUGUUUUGUACUGCCAGAUUUCUGGCUUUCGUCCAAAACGUAUAAUGCUAGAUUUUUUUCUUAAAAAACAUCAGCAAGAAAAAGAAAAAAUUUACUCCUGGACCAGCAUACAACAGGACACUAAACAAAGCAGUGAAGGAACUGCUCUCUUGCAGAAGUUCAGAGAUUUUCAGUUUCAGUUCAAUUUGCAGUCACAUGAUAACGGCACUUUUGAAGUUUCAUGGACCAUUUAUGUUUGUCCAAAUGUUCAGGAGCAUGACCAGGCAGAGCUUUCACUAGAAAUUGGUCACGAGGCCCUUCAGAGGGGGCCCAUUAUAAAAACGACAUUACUGAAGGUCAGAGCUGAGCCAGAUUUGGAUCCGGUGCUGUGUUCUACUGAUGAGCUAAAACUUCAUGAGCGCCUGACUCUGACCUGCAGAAUUCAUUCUUUUUUUCCUAAAACAAUUGAAUUACAGUGGUAUAAAGAUGAACAAGCAUUGGAAGAAUCUGUCACUAGUGAAGGGACUAAGAGAUCAGAUGGGCUUUUUUUCUGUACCACUAAUUUAACAAUUGUUCCUAAAGCUGAGGAUGUUGGAAAGAGAUUCACAUGCAAAGCAAAACAUAGGAACUCACACCUGUAUAAAGAAUCUUCCUGGCAGCUGGAAAAUCUGGUACUUAAUCCACAAGUUUCAGAAAUUGAAUGUGAUCCCACUAUUCCUGAAGUCGGGAACUCUGUCACGCUAUCCUGUAAAAUAACUAAUUACUACCCAGCAGAGUGUCAGGUGCGCUGGAUAAGAGACUUUGAAGAACUUGGCAAUGCUGCAUUUAAAAUGGAGGACAUCCAGCAGAAUACAGCACCAAACCUGCAUCAUAAAGCAAGUCGUAUCACAAUUAUGCCUCAGCCAGAGGACCAUGCAGUCACAUACUAUAUUGAAGUUACCCAUUUCAGCAGAACUAUAAGAAAAGCUUAUCCUCUCAUGUUAAAAGGUUUUCCAAAGGUUACAGGUCCUGUUUCUCAUCCAAAUGAUGUGAAAUAUGGAGAGCCACUCUCUAUAACCUGUGAAGUGAUGGAUUUCUAUCCCAAGGAUAUUCAGGUCCAGUGGUUAAAGGAAGAGGAUGAAAUCAGGAGUGAUUCAUUCAUGGAGGACCUAAAGCAGGACUCAAAAGGUUGUUUCCACACAUCUUGUAAACUUGACCUAACUCCCACUGCUUUGGAUUAUGGCAAAAAGAUUGUCUUCAGAGUGAAGCAUGAGACUCUGACACAGUCCAUUACAAAAUGCACGUUCCUAAACCUCCCAGCAAGGUCUCCUACUGUUUCUGAAAUAAGAGCAACUCCUGCCCAACCAAACAUUGAUGAGACCGUCUGUCUUGAAACUUGCAUAUCUGAUUUUGCACCCAAGGAUAUAAAAGUUACAUGGUAUAAAGACUGGACGAAGUUACAGGAAGACAAUGCCCUAAAUCCUCAAAUUGCAAGAAAUGGUUUAUGUUUCUAUGUGAGCAAACUACGAUUUUCUCCAAAAGCAUCUGACAAUAAAACUUCUCUCAUAUGUGAGGUUACUCAUCUAGCAACUCAUCGCUGUAUAGAGAAAUACUUUGAAUUGAAACUCAGAGGUUUUUCAACCAGUACUGGAGAUCUGUCCACUCUGACUACAAAUCAGAAUCACAAAGGAUCAUUAACAAACCCUAGAUCCUCUAGUCUGGAAAGAGCUCCUACCCUGAAAAUACAGUGCCUUACCAACAACCCAAAGGCUGGUGAGAAUGUAACACUUCAAUGUUUUAUAUAUGGAAUAAAUACAGACAACACUUAUGUUUCGUGGUAUAAAGGAAGAUAUCCUAUUGAAGGAGGAAUAGAGAACACAGACUAUGAGGAUAAGCCUGGUUUUACUUCUUCUGUAAAUUUUAAAACUAAAGAAGACGAGAAAGAAUGCAAGAUUAGGUGUGAGGUUGUUACUGAAGAUGAAACUUUUGAAGAAGCCUACACUUUAAAACUUGGAUGACCUCCAUUUCAGUGAAGAUGAAUUAUCACCAUCUUUAGACUACUCCUGUUAUUUCUUUCUCAAACUGUCUUCUGAAAUGAAAACUUCAAAGAGUUUUCACAUAUCACCAUGCCAUUUAUCAGGAGAACAAGAUCUUGAAGAGAAGACAGGCUGGCCCAAGUCUGCUCAGAACCCAAAUCCUUCCACAAGUUUAAAAUCCCUAUUUUAAAUGUUUGUUGCGGUUUCCUGGCCUCCCCCCACUGUGAAUACCUAGGUUUGAUUUCUUUGCUAGAAACUGUAAUGAUCCUGCAAUAUAAAGACCACCAUAGAUAAACAGACUUAUAAAUAAGGAUCCAUAUAGCUUUAUAACUUUCUUAAUGGAGAAAUUAAGUUUUGUUUUAUAAAAUUGUGUAUCUUUGAGAACUGGGAGGGCAUAGUCUGGGAAUGAAUUUGAAGGAAACCAUCUGACUAUAACUAAAGGGCAUCUGCUUUUAUGUUCAGAUCUGCAUAUAGAGUAUCCAGCCAUGCAUUUGUGACAUCUUAUUGAUUUCUGUGCCUAUUUAUAAUACAGGUAAGCAAACCUGGGAAUCAGAGUAGCUUUAUUUGGAGUUACAAAGACACCAACACCUGCAGACCAGUUCAUGAGUGUUUUCAGAUUUACAAAAACCUUUGAACACCCUACCUGAAUUGCAGUCUUUUUUAAAACCAGAAUUCUAAAUGAUGUUACAUACUUCUCAUUCCUUAAUAUUCUUUUAUACAACAAAUUGGUAUCACAUUAUGGCGCCACUUUGUAACCUGAAACAAAAUGAUGAUUAUUACUGGAAUCUGUCUUAAAGUGUGUAAAAUACAAGAUCCUAUGUGAUGAAAAUAUUCUAGCAACCUAAUUUUUUCUUACAAAGAUUCAGGAUGCCAUUAACAAUGGCAAGUUUCUUAAAAAAAAAAA